GGCCAAAAUAAUAGCGAACAAAUAGCCUGCCGUUCUCAGUCGUCAAGUGUUAGCAAUUCAAAACAGGUCGCCAUCCAUCGGAUACGUAUUUAUUCAGGGUCGUGACUGAGUGGACAAUAUGGAGCGCUGGAUUACAUCGUUGUAUAUUGAACGCAGCAGUUGUUGACAGAGUAUCUCUAGACGUUCCCUGUCCUCCAUAUCGGUCCGCGUUGUGUCAUCAUGGACUCCCUGGGAUAUGCGUCCUACGAAACGCCGUGGACGGUGAAAUUCCGCUCCUUCUUGGCGAGCUUCAGCGACGUUUUCAGUAAUUUCGGGACACACAUUGGGGAAUCCUACAACCAUGAUCGCUGUUACAGAUCCGUACAGAUGCGGCUGUACACCCUGAGUAAGCGUCAGUUCGUGCUGGUGUUCGCGGGAUUCUUCAUGUGCUUCGCCGUGUCUGUGUUCAUAGGAGUGGCAGGUCCACCAAUUGUGACCGAGCACGAUGUCAACGCCUCCGCACUUCAGUCACCAAAGGUGGAGAACUUAGCUACUGGACCUUUCCAGUUGCGAACACCAACCCUAUCCACAUUUAACCAACAACUGUGGCUGACAUCCAAGAUAUUCAUACGAAAUCCCAAAGGUGACACAAUCAAGUCCAAGUUCACCAUGAGUGUGGUAGUGGAGGGGCAGGUGGCUGACUCUUCAGUCCUGAUCACAGGGGAGAGAACACACAACCACUCCAGGACACUACACUGUAACAAGGAGACAUGUAAUGACCUAGUGAUCCUACACCUGGGAUACCUGGACUUCACCACCUACCUGGUCAGGGUCAUGUUCUUUGGGAUAUCAGACAAGUACCCAGUCACUGAAGUGGGAUUCUCGUUCAAGAUGUACAACCCAACCUUCACUCAACUGGAGAUCUGGUUCAGAUUUGUGUUCCUCGUGCUGACGUUCAUGGUCACGUGUGUCUUUGCUCACUCCUUGAGGAGGUUCUCCAUACGUGACUGGUCCAUCGAACAAAAAUGGAUGUCGAUCCUGCUGCCGCUGCUCCUGCUGUACAACGAUCCGAUCUUCCCGCUCACGUUCCUGGUGAACAGCUGGGUCCCGGGGAUGUUCGACGCCGUGUUCCAGGCCUCCUUCCUCUGCGCACUGCUGCUCUUCUGGCUCUGCGCUUAUCAUGGCAUCAGACAGUACGAGCGGAGAUUCAUGACGUUCUAUGUGCCCAAAGUUAUGAUCGUUGGGCUCCUGUGGAUCUCUGCAGUUACACUGGCCUCCUGGCAGGAGUACAAUGAACUCCAAGAUCCAACAUAUCAGUACAAGGUGGACACAGUCAACUUCACAGGGAUGCAGAUUUUCUUCUUCGUCAUCGGUUCAGUGUACCUACUGUACUUGUUGUACCUGAUCAUCCGUGCCUUCAGUGAGCUGCGUGCCAUGCCAUACUUCGACCUGAGACUGAAGUUCCUGACAGCUUUGAUGUUUGUUGUGCUGGCCAUCAGCAUUGCCAUCACUGUGAUGCGGUUUGGGACAGGUGUGCUUCAGGACAACUUUGUUGCUGACUUGGCCACACACUACAAGAACUCUGCAGAGUUCCUGUCAUUCUACGGCCUGCUCAACUUCUACCUGUACACCAUGGCAUAUGUGUACUCUCCUUCCAAAAAUGCACUUCAUGAAUCCCACUUCAAAGACAACCCUGCAUUCUCCAUGUUGAACGACUCAGAAGAUGAAGUCAUAUAUGGGAGUGACAAUGAGAGGAAUGAGGAGAGAACUCGCCUGACCAAACCAGUGCCAGCGUACCAAGACAGCGACUCAGACUAGACAUGACUUCCCACAGCACCAGUCUUUAUCCUAUAUUAGGUGGCAAGGUUUCAAGUGUCAGCAAAAUGAAAUUUCCCCUGUCGUUCACAUGAAAAAUUUUAUCUAUGACAUUGUGAUAUUCAAAUCAGUUGCACACUGUGUGGUUUUUGGUAUGACAGAUUAGCAACUAGACAUACUAGGUAACGGGAUGUCCUUUCUGUGACGUCACAACCCAUUGCUAUUUUGUCCUAUCUAAGAGCACACAGUAAGUAGACAAUUCAUUUAGGUAUCACAUACACAUAGAUGUUUUAAGAACAGACCAUUUCAUUUACAGAAAUUUCACUUUGCUGGCACUGUAAAAGACAUAAUCAAGUAUAGAAAGCUAACAUUUAUGUUCAAAGAUCAUUUGAUGGAAUGAAUGUGUAGGUUCUAUUGUCAAGGACAUCAUCUGGUGAAUUUAGAUUGUAUAUUUGGCUUUUGUACAUGUCGUUGCUAAUUUGUGGUAGUUGGGCAGGGAGGGGGUUACUCAAAUACAAAAGAUUGUGAGAGCUGUCAGACUGAAAGAUUAAGUUCAACAUGAAAGUGCUGUACCAAGUGUUGAGAUUGUUUGUCACUACAAAAUUGAAAAUCUGAGUUCUUCCUCAGAUUUUCAAGGAUAAAAGAACUUGUUUACUAUAGACCACUACCUCUCAAAUGUGAGUUGUUGUUUUUUUCAAGGAAAAUUUGACCAACUUCUCAACCUGAAACGAUGCAUCUAUUUUGGCUGCUGCAAGUCUAAAUUCCAGGAGACUCUUAAGUGCAACUGUGAGUUUAAAUCCUGGGUCUCUCCAGCAUUGAAUUUCUCCAUGCCACUCAUCGUUUGGGAGACCAUCUUGUUAAUUACCUCCACAUCAAGGUUUGAAAAAUGCAAUUUGUCAAUUUCAUGCCAUGAAGUUCAGAUUUGUUUGACAAAUGGGAGGAUUUUUUUCAGUCCCAGCAAGCAUGGUCUGAGACCUACUUUUGGAUACAAUGUGCAUUAAAGACUCACAGGUGAGAGUGGUUGCCUGCAGUAGACUGAAUCAGAUGCUUAUACUUGGUUGGACCAAACUUGACAGGCAAUCAUUGGAAUAUCGUAAAUGCAAAUAUUCCUAAUUUCAUCAGACUGGAAUGUUGUUACUGCAACAGCAUUGAUAUUGUAUGUACAAUACAGAGAGACUUACUCUCAGAAAAACUAUGACCAUUGAUAUUAGCUAAAUAGAGGGAAGACAACUGUACAAGUCAUGUAACAUGACACGCAAUUAUGGAUAAUUCAGUGUUAUGGAACCAUUCAUCUUUGUUCAGAAAACCCAUGACAUACAGAUAGUUGUACAGUACAAGUAUAUUUUAGUUCCUAUAUUUCAAACAAGUUCUUAGUUAAGGUUGUGCUAUUGCUUUCCUUGCUCAACUGUUUUGUCAUGAGCAGUGUGGCAAAAUAGUCUCUUCUAUGUAGGUGGCAUGUAGGUAAGUUAUUUUUCUCAAUGUUAAACCCAAAGGUAGUAAAUGUAUAGGGUAUAUAUCUACAAUAUAAUAUAAUAUAACAUAGAUAUAUAUAGGGCAUACAUCCAUACUAUGCCAACUAAAGUUAUGGUAAAACAUUUGUUGUAUCUGUUUUAUGCUUAGAUACUGUAUUUGUUGCAGCUUAAUUUUGAAAUCAUAGUAUGGUUGUUCCAGAUUGUUCAAGUUGAACUAUUUGAUGUACCAAAUACAUGUAUCAAGCCUGUUGAAAUGCAAUCAAGGAAAAUCUCAUUUGAUGUGAGGAUAAUGAAGUGUUGAUUAACAACAUAGUGUAUACACAUAUUGGUUGGUGGACACAUCAGAUAUAUGCUGCUGUGAGUUGCCUUUGUUCUUCUACAAGAGGCAACAUGUAAGUCUUUCAGUAACCAUAAAGUACUUACAUAUACCAUUACUUGAUAGUGUUAAUGUUGACUGCUGAAAUUCUUUGUAAAUAUUGGUCAUUCCCAUGCUGUCAAAUUGCUCAGAUGUUUGUUUUCAGUUUGUUGUACAUUUUAUGACAAUCUUCAGAGGAGAAUUGGAAGUAAAGAGCGAAACUAGUGCUGUCUGUUAUAUUUCUUAAGUUAUAGUUUGUAUAAUUUUGUCAAUGGUGAUAUCUAUAUGAUCUGAUGAUUAUUAUUGUGUAAAAUAGAGAGUAAACUUCUUUGGUGAUGUAAGAAUUGGUAUAUUUGCAGCCUUUCCUCAGAAGUAGGCCAGGGAUUGAAUAUGUGCAAAGAUUAUGGCCAAUGUGGUAUUUGGUGAAUAAAAGAAUCAUGAAUAUACAA